GAAAAUGCUUUUAUCUUUUCUUUUUUUGGUUUUAAGAAGGGUUCUUUAAUUUUUUUGGUUCACAACUACUGGUAUAAGCUCAUGUUUAGUGCUUCAUUCAGUUCCUGCAAAAGGCUCUCUACUCUCUACUCUCUCUCACUCUAUUUCUUUCUUCUCUCUCUAAAUUAGUUCUUCUUUAUCUCUUCUUCUUCUUCUUCCUCAUAUGUAUGUUUAUGGCAAAUAGCUCGAUUUUGUUGGGCUAAAACCCUUGGCCAUUUGGGUAAAGCUUUUGUUCGACAUUCAAGUGGGGUUUUAACUUAUGAAAGCAGCAGAAACAGUUGUACUUCUGUAUUCAUCCCUGAGUUUUGUCCCCAAGAAAUUUGGAUAGACAAGUGUGGACAAAGAUUCAGGCAAACCAAUCCUGACCAGUUUCGACCCUUUUGGUCUCCAAAGACACAGCACAUUUGCCAAAAAGGGCAAAAAUGGAAAUUCGCACCCAAGACGACGAAAUUCCGAUCCCUCUCAAUAGCUCCUACGGCGGCGGCGCCGCCCCUCACAUCAUCCACCACGAUCAUCAUCUGAAUCUCCACCACCAUCACGACGCCGCUGCAUCCGCCGCCGCAAUCACUUCCACAACCAUCACCGCCACCACCACCGGCGGCGGCCCCCUCAUCCCCACCACCUCCGACGACCAGACCGCCGUCCUCCCCUUCAAGAAAACAAUAAAAUACCGCGAGUGCCUCAAAAACCACGCCGCCGCCAUGGGGGCCAAUGCCACUGACGGCUGCGGCGAGUUUAUGCCCAGCGGCGACGACGGCACCCUCGAAGCCCUAACCUGCUCCGCCUGCGGCUGCCACCGCAAUUUCCACCGGAAAGAAAUCGACGGCGAGCCCCCCGCCGCCGCCUGCGACAAUUGCACCUUCCACCCCCGAAUCUCCGGCCGGAAGCUCUUCCUCCCCGGCGGCCCCCACCACCCCCACCCCCACCCCCACAAACCCUACCUAACCCCCGAAGCCAUCGGAUACCACCAUCCUUCCGGCGCCCUCAUGCCCUCCCGCGCCGUCCCGCCCCACCACCAUAUGCUAAUGUCGUACAAUCUCGGCGGCGGCGGCGGUGGCGGUCCUUCCGAAUCCGACGACCAGGACGACGCCAACGGCGGCGGUCUCCGGCCCCCCCAAAUGGUGAAAAAACGAUUCCGGACAAAAUUCACGCAGGAACAGAAAGAUAAAAUGCACAAUUUUGCAGAGAAAGUUGGGUGGAAGAUUCAGAAGCAGGAGGAGGCGGUGGUGCAGCAAUUCUGUCAAGAAAUUGGGGUAAAGAGAAGAGUUUUGAAGGUGUGGAUGCACAACAACAAACAUAAUCUUGCCAAGAAGAUGAAUCUCCAACAAAACCCUCUAAAUCAAAAUCAAAACCAGACAGGAGAGUGAGUGAUUGAGUCAGUUAGUGAUCCAUUACAUCCUCGAAUUCUUCGUCGAAUAUUAAUUAAUUCAAUGAAAAAAAAUGAGCAAUAAAAUUAAAAUAUAUAUAUAUAUAUGUGUAUUUAUGUGUAUGUAUUUUGAUGGAUAUGGAUUUUGAUAUCGAUCGGCGGCAUUGCUUUUUGGGAUCAACUAAUCUUUAAUUUGUUCAGUUUUAUUUCUCUACGUUUAUUUUUUUGUUUUGGACAUUUUGGGAUCUGUCGAGCUCGGACCAGCUUUUUAUGGUGUUUUUAGAUCUGCUGCAUUGCAUUUGGAA